CCCGUAAAAACAGUUAGAAGAAGAGUUGUUAUAGAAUUUUAAACAGCUUCAAAAAAUCGAUAAAGCAAAACGGGAUCCUUGAUGUGAAGAAAACACCCAUUUUUCGCGCGUAGGUUUUGCAAAAAAUGUCGGACGAGGAAGAAGAAUCCAUGUCGGAAGAUUUCUCCGCCAGUGAGGACGAAUGGAAGCCAACUAAGGAUGUGCGUGGUGGGGAGUCGUCCGAUGACGAUGAUAGUGAUUUCGAGGAGUCACGGCAAGCUACAGGCGCGGAAAGUGUUAGCGGAUCGAGCGCUGCAACUAGACGAAAAGGAGUAUCAGCAGCUGCUAAGGUGACUAUAAAGCAAACUGCCAUUAAGAAACGCAAAUCCAUUGGUCAGUCAUUGCGUACUAAACUAUACAACAAAUAUCGGCCUCCACCAAAAACUUUUCCGUCACCCAAUAGCGCUGGUAGCAACUCGCCAUCGGCGUCAACAUCACGAACGGCUUCAAAAAACGCCAAAAUGCCCAAUGAAAGUGGCGAACAUGGCAACGACUCCAGCAGCGAAUCGAGUGUUGAAGAUUAUCUCGUCAAUCCUGCAGAUAUCGAUCUGAAAUCGAGUUUCUUCAAUGUACGUCAUGAAGAUAAAGCAAAAUCCACUUCGCCGGCACCCUUUUUCGACUGCAAUGUCGGCAUUACUAAACUCUCUGAUUCAGGAUCAGAGGAUAACAACGAAUCUAGUGCAGAUGAGCAGCAAGCAAAUGGAAAGGCAUUUGAUUUUGCAAAUUUGUUGGAUAAUGUUAAUAGUCUGGAGCGUGCUAAGGAAACCAUAGCGAAACGUGCUGCUGAUACAAAAAAGCAGAAUACCAAAAUAACUGGUGAUAAAUGCAAUACAACAGUUAUGGAUGUCAAUUCGUUACUUGCAUUGGGCGAAAAACAGAGUCAUGCUGCUAUGCGCAGUAUAAAACCGAAGGAUGACGGAGGGGAGGAAGAUGACGAAGGCGAAGCUGAGCGCGGACCACAGAAGUUGAGUAAAACCAAAUCGACACGCGUCAAACGACAUACCAAAACGCGUCCAGCUUCGACUGUUGUGGCAGGUGAUACAGAUGAUUCGGACUUUGAAGAAGUAGCAGGUAGGAAACGCAAGUAGUGGACUGUAAGUGGUAGAAUGCUGCUGAUAAAAUGUCUAAAAUGCGCUUCCAGUUGUUCAAAUGAGACUGUGUGUAGGUUUGUGUGCACUUUAUGCGUUCAUCGUUUUCCUUUUGAAGCUAUAUAAACAAAUGGCUCACAUAGAAAUGAAAUACAAUAGUAUUUAAAAAUUAAAGAAAUAGAUCUUACAGAAAUAUAUUAAUAGUUUCGUGGGCAUUUAUGAAAUACGUAAAUUCAGCUAUUAAAUUUCUGGUUCUAGAUGCCAUAAAUUACUUGUUUCUUAUGCAAAUUGCUUGCAUACAACAAAGAUUUUGGAAGCUUUUUUCACUCUUUAAUACAUAUAGGCAGUAAUAUUUUAGUAAUUUAAAUCCUCAUAUUUAAAAUCUUUUAGAGCGAAGUCUAGCGUUAAAUAUCUACAAACAGCCAAGUUAGGAAAUAUUCAAUACCCAAGUACCUAAACCACUGUAUGUAUCUGUCUUGGUGCUGGUGAUGCAAGGUUAAAUUUUGCCGACAUGUUGAAUUAAGCAAAAAUUAAAAUACUAAUUGUCAAAAGCUUGAGUAUUGUAGUUAGUAAAGCAAUAAAAUAUUGCGAAAACAUAUUAAACUAGUUAGAAUGUUUCUUGUAUUCAUUGUGAUGAAAUUAGAAGACAGCAAUGUAUUGUCAUGUAUUAUUUCGUUGUUUGAUUACAGUUCUUAUCAUUUACAAUUUGAAGCGCUUACUUAUAUUAAUCUUUAGACUACAUAUAUAUAUACAUUUUUGUUGGGUUAAUGGUUUAUAAGUGACUGGAGAGGGAUCAUACUAACUGUGUAAAAUCAUCGUUGUCAUUCAUUCUUACAUAUGCAUUGCAUACAAAUAACUUCCUAUUUACAAAUAUUAAAGUAGAGUAAAGAACUGCACGCUAUUAAAUAUUUCAUUUAAAACAUUUUAGUUUUAAUACAAUAAUGAGUAUGAUACUUCCUCCGUUGAAGACUAGCAGAUGAGAAAUUAUUGUACUAAACCAAUUACGUUUUAACAGCUAAUAAUUUAUGAGACUAUGAUUUCUUCAAGAAUAAUUUUUAUAGUUAAAUCUGGGUAGCAGUUAAUAUUCAGACUUAGAAAAAAUUUAAUUACUUCACAAACUGUGUUGCAGUGUUGCGCGAAUUAUUCAAGUUUUAUCAAUUGGAAAGUUGCAACAGUCUUGCAAAUUUUCAUCAGCGCGGCAGUAUUGCCGCUUUUAUUACGUGCCUCGAACAGGCCCUAGGUUGCUCAUAUUUACGUGUGUCGGAGCCUAAGAAAAGGGAACACCACUUCUAGUAAAUUAAGUUAUGCAUUUAUCUUUUAAGAGUAACCCUAGUUUAGGUUGCGGUUGCCAAUUAGGUCAAUUGACCACCUGUAAUGGCUAUAAACGCCGUUCCUCUCAAAAGUAUAUUUCUCAGCAUUUCACUCUAAUCUGGAGAUAAAGUACUGUCAGACGUGGUAAUAUUUCCAACUUUUCAACGCCCUUCGCCGUCAAAUUGGAAGGGAGCAAUUUUACAUUCUCGUGUGAAUACCCUGAAACACCUUAUUGCAACUUUUCGUAAACCAACUUCCAAAAUAAAAGUUGCAAGGUGUGAUUGUAACUAAAAGAGCGCAAAUCGAUUUGGAAAAUAUAUUGAUGAAAUAUGACCAGAUAUAUGUACAUUAGGCUUUGCGGCCGCGGCGUGGUCAACUUCAAAAAUAAUUUUUGAGCCUUUCGAUCCACUGUUUAAAAAAUAGCUUAUAUGUAGAUGGUUUGAAUUUCUACUAAAAUAUUUAGCGCCAAAUUUUUCAAAGGAUAACCGAAUGUAAUGAAAAAUUAUACAAAUUUUCACGAAAAACUUCGCAAUUUAGCAAACUCCAAACUGAUUUUAGACCCAUGAUUUCAUCGGCAAAUUUGCUUAGAACUACACGUAGAAUCCUCCUAUGCUAU